CAAUAAUUCUUUGGAGUGCUUAGGAAGUAAUUAAUUAAGUUCUGAGCAAGAUGAUGCCCAAAUAAAAAGAAAUUGAGAAAGAAAUGAGUAAAUGAGAUAUUAUGUUAGAAAAUACGAUGAUGACAGCUUUGUAAGGAUUUGUCAUUUGAGGCCAAGAAUAACUGAGGUGAAGCUGUAGGUCUGGUAACAAAAAUUUGGCUUGCACUUCACACAGGACAAUCUCUUCCUACUGCCACCCUCCACCUUAUCCUGCCUACAUCUGUUCCUUCACCACCAAACACCCUUGCAAAAAUACACACAUUUUCACCUAAAACACACAUUCAGCUGGCGGUGACAGUGAAGUAGAUAGAGUUGUAUGUACCUAAGCCAUUUUUUUUAUCUAAGGCUGAGUGAAAGAGCUCCUCAGUAUUUAUACCAGAGAUUUUCAGUGUAAUUGGUUUGUCUCUGCAGUAUUUAAGCCUUCACCAGAGAGAAGGAUUCAUAAUAGAAUUGAGCUCUAGUUUCACUGUUUUCAUGGCUUCGGAACCUUCUGCUCCUCUUCUUGUAGACCAGAAUGGAGCCUGCAGAUUCAAGAGCAGUGGAGAAGAUUCAGAGUUUUGUGGCUCCCAAGUAGGAGGGCUCUCUUUGUCUGAGGUGAUUGUAGAGAUCAAAAUGAUCUACACAAUAGCCUUUCCCAUGAUCAUCACCGGCCUACUAAUCUACGGCAAAUCCUUAAUAUCAAUGCUGUUCUUGGGAAAGUUGGGGAAGGAUGUUCUAGCUGGUGGAUCACUCGCAAUUGGCAUAGCCAACAUAACCGGCUACUCCAUUAUCUCCGGCCUCGCCUUGGGCAUGGAGGCCAUCUCCUCUCAAGCCUUUGGAGCCAAGCAGUGGCCUCUCAUGGGCCAAACCCUACAACGCACUGUUAUCAUUCUUUUGUUUGCAUGCAUUCCCAUCUCCAUCCUGUGGCUAAACAUCCAACCGAUUCUCGCCUUCUGUGAUCAAGAUCCCACCAUUUCCUCCAUUGCUUCAACUUACCUUACUUUUUGCCUCCCGGACCUCAUAUUCCAGUCUUUCAUCAAUCCUCUCAAGAUCUACUUGAGGUCCCAAAACAUCACUCUCCCUCUCAUGUUGAGUGCAGCUUUAGCUCUCGCUCUGCAUGCACCAAUGAACUAUUUUUUCAUCAAUCAUCUAAGUCUUGGAAUUCGAGGGAUCGCUCUAUCCGUAGCUAUAACAGACUUCAUUCUUCUUGCAAACCUGAUGGUUUACUUGUGCUUUUGGGGCAUGCAGAGAAAAUCUAGGUUUCUUGGCAGCUGGGAGACAGUGAAAUCCUUUGAUCACGAAUGGAAAUCUAUCCUCAACCUCGCCUUGCCAAGCUGCAUUUCAGUUUGCUUGGAGUGGUGGUGGUAUGAGCUGAUGAUACUCUUGUCAGGGGUUCUUGCAAAUGCAGCUGAGGCUGUUGCCACCAUGGGGAUCCUCCUGCAGGCCACUUCCCUCAUCUACGUUUUCCCAUCAGCUCUCAGCCUAGCUGCAUCAACCCGUGUUGGUAACGAGCUGGGAGCAAACCAGCCUAGCAAGGCAAGAAACUCAUCCCUUAUAGCUUUGUUCUGUGCCAUCUUCACAAGCUUCAUUGCCAUGUCAUUCAUGGCAACUCUAGGCAGCACUUGGGCCCGGGCUUUUACUGAAGACGAGGCCAUCAUUGCGCUAACCGCAGCCGUCAUGCCGAUUGUGGGGCUGUGUGAGCUGGGGAACUGCCCGCAAACCACCGGAUGUGGGGUACUAAGGGGCAGUGCUAGGCCCAGUCUUGGCGUUCAUAUUAAUCUGGGGUCAUUCUACGGUGUGGGCUGACCACUGGCCGUUUUUAUGGGUUUUGGGAUGAAAAUGGGCCUGUUGGGGCUGUGGUUGGGUCUGCUGGGAGCCCAGAUCGUAUGUGCAGUUGUGAUGGUCUGGGCCUUGAGCAGAACAGACUGGUUACUGCAAGCGAACAGGGCAAGAGAGCUGACAGGAUCAAUGCAAAUUGUUGAUCAUGAAGAUGAGGGUGGAGAAGAGGAAGGAUUAACAUCAAUCAAAAUGUUUUACUAAUUCUUGAAGCCCUAUUUACUGUGUUAUUGCAAAAGUACGCGCCUAUUUCUUUCUUUCUUUUUCUUUUUUCCCGGAACUCUCCUUUUUUGAUGAAAUGUAAAUAAAUAAAUGUGAGUUAUAUUUU